AAACCAUGCAUAGACGAUGCCCCACCCAUCUCUCCUCUCUUUCCCCACUUGAGGCGACAAACCAGAACACCUCUCUACUCAAUAGGAGGCAUGGCUUCCGAUCCGGAUGAUGAUGGAGGCGAGGUGGCCCCCGUAGAAGAUGCAGCACCGGCGGAGGUAGCGUCGGAUCCGUCGCCCUCCGCAGAGGUGGCUGCACCAGAGAGCGAGCCGGCGAAGGCGGGCGCAGGAAGCAUCGUCCCAGCGGCGGCCGCCGAGUCAUCUCACCCCGAGGGGCUCUCCCUUAACUAUGAGGAAGCAAGAGCUCUCCUUGGAAGACUGGAAUUCCAGAAAGGAAAUGUGGAAGUUGCUCUACGUGUAUUUGACGGAAUUGACCUUCAAGCUGCAAUUCAGCAGUUCCAGCCAUCCCUGUCUGAUAAGACACCAUCGAAGAAAGGGCGGACAAAAUCAGAAAUACCAAGUUCCGUCCCGCAAAAUAAUCCGGCUAGCCUUGUUCUUGAAGCUAUUUACUUGAAAUCACUGUCUCUUCAAAAGCUAGGGAAAUCGACAGAAGCUGCUAACCAGUGCAAAAGUGUACUCGAUUCUGUUGAGAGUAUUUUCCAGAACGGCGCUCCUGAUAUCGAGCAGAAGUUACAGGAAACUGUGAAUAAAUCCGUUGAACUUCUUCCUGAAGCCUGGAAACACGCUGGCUCCAACCAGGAAGCAUUAGCGUCAUACCGACGAGCUCUUCUUAGUCCAUGGAAUCUUGAUGAUGAAUGUCGGACUAGGGUUCAAAAGAGAUUCGCGUCUUUUCUACUGUACAACAACAACAUAGAUUGGAGCCCUCCAAGCAUGGCUCAGCAAGUUGAAGGCUGUUUUGUUCCGAAGAAUAGCGUGGAAGAGGCCGUUCUACUCUUGAUGGUAGUGCUUAGGAGCUGGUACCAGGGCAAGACCCAUUGGGAUCCUUCGGUGAUGGAACACUUAACCUAUGCCCUGUCUCUUUGUGGUGAACCACUGGUUCUUGCAAAGCAGCUUGAAGAGGUUUUGCCUGGAGUGUAUCCUCGCACGGAGAGAUGGGCCACACUAGCGCUCUGCUACUACGUAGCUGGCCAGAAAGAUGUGGCGCUGAAUUUCCUGAGGAAGUCCUUAAACAAGCUUGAGAAUCCAAAUGACGUCCUCGCCUUAUUGUUAGCUGCUAAGAUAUGUAGCAAGGAGCGCCAUCUUGCUUCUGAGGGCGUCGAAUACGCAAGAAGAGUAAUCGCCUGUGCCGAAUCAUCGGAUCCUCAUCUGAAGAGCGUCGGCCUCCAUUUCUUGGGGAGCUGUCUAGGCAACAAGUCCAAGGUCGUUUCGUCGGACUACCAAAGAUCUCUGCUGCAGACGGAGACUCUCAAGUCGUUUGCAGAGUCGAUUGGCCUUAACCGCUACAACGCCGACCUCAUAUUCGACAUGGGAGUUGAGUACGCCGAGCAAAGGAACAUGAAUGCCGCCCUGAGAUGCGCCAAGGAGUUCAUCGAGGCAACGGGCGGGUCGGUUUCGAAAGGAUGGAGGCUGCUAGCGUUGAUUCUUUCUGCGCAGCAGAGGUUCUCGGAAGCGGAAGUCGCGACGGACGCUGCCUUAGAUGAGACUGCGAAGCUGGAUCAAGGAUCUUUGCUUAGGGUAAAGGCCAAGUUGAAGGUUGCUCAGUCGUCGCCCAUGGAAGCAGUUGAAGCGUACCGUGCUCUUCUGGCUCUCGUUCAGGCCCAAAAGAACUCCCCGGGCGGAUCUUGCAAGAGCGCUACAGAGGACGCGGAUGGUAGUGUCUCCGAGUUUGAAAUCUGGCAAGGUCUUGCUAAUUUGUACUCCAGCCUCUCGUACUGGAGAGAUGCUGAGAUUUGUUUGAACAAGGCUAGAGCCCUCAAGUUGUACUCAGCUGCAACACUCCAUGCAGAAGGCUACAUGCAUGAGGCGCGAGAUCAAACAACGGAUGCACUGGCUGCCUACGUCAACGCGUUCUCGACCGAGCUUGAGCAUGUGCCGUCCAAGGUGGCCAUCGGCGCAAUGCUCUCCAAGCAAGGUCCCAGGUUUCUACCUGCAGCGAGGUGCUUCCUCUCCGACGCCCUAAGAGUCGAGCCCACAAAUCGGAUGGCUUGGCUUUACCUAGGAAAAGUGCACAGAUCUGAUGGGAGGAUCUCUGACGCUGCCGACUGCUUCCAGGCAGCGGUGAUGCUAGAGGAAUCGGAUCCAGUGGAAAGUUUCAGUUCGCUCUCAUGAGAGAUGCAGCCAGUACGGCAUGCUUGCAUGAAGCUCCCAUCCCUCCAUGUGGGGUUGGUUUCUUCCUUCCCGCUUUAUUUUUCUCCUGUUGCAUAGUUGGAGGAAAUUAUGUUUGGCGGCAGAUGUAGGUGUUGCAAUUAUGCGAAGCUGCAUUUCAUUGCUCAAUUUCGUUGUAUAAAUAAUUGUUGCUCCCAUUUUUAUGGAUACUGUAUUACAUGUAACAUGCAUGUGAGACUAAUUUCGUCACCAGAAACUACUACAGUAUAAAUAUCCAGAGUGUUA